AAAAAGUCCAAGAAUCAAAAGAUAAGAGAAAAUCUUUUUUUCCCCUCUCUCUUUUCUACUUCCACUCCAUUCUUCUUGUUGCGACUCUGCAUUCUGAAAAUUGUAGGAUCACUAAGUCAUAACCUUAUUCUCCUGAAAUCUUGUAACUAAUGGUAACGUCGGCUUCAUCAUCCCUCUGCAACUCGAAUUCACUCAUUCAUUCACCAAAACCAUGGCAUCCCAAUUCAUUUCCGCUUUCUCGCUCCCUCAGUUUACCACUAUUCAUCCUAAAAACUGGACCAAAGAAGAAAAAUUCAGUUGAAAAUGCUCGUAGGCUGAGAGUUUCGGCCUUAACAGAAGGUUCUUCUAAGAAUGAUGGAGAAGAUGAUGACCCUUCAGUUCCUUCCUGGGCUAAGCCCGGCUCAGAUGAGCCUCCUCCUUGGGCCCGUGAUGAGGCGCAGCAAGAUUCUUCUAGCUUUGAAGUUCCCUACUUUGUUUACUUGCUUGCCUCAGCUGUCACAGCCAUUGCUGCGAUUGGUUCUGUUUUUGAGUAUGCGAAUCAAAGGCCUGCAUUUGGAGUUUUGAACUCAGAUAAUGUAUUCUAUGCUCCAUUGCUUGGCUUUUUUGCUUUCACUGGCAUCCCCUCUUCGGCAUUCCUUUGGUUCAAAGCAGUUCAAAUUGCUAACAAGGAGGCAGAAGAGCAGGACCGCAGGGAUGGUUACUUGUAGUAUUCAGUUGUAGUUUCCAAAUAUAGGAUGCCUUCCACUUGACUCUUGUUGGUUAUAUGUGACUGGUUGUAUUAAGGCCAAAAUGCAUUGGGUUUUAUCUUGCAUGUGCUGGUAAGAUAUAUUUAGAUGCUAUGUUUUAUAUGCGUGUCACCCAUGGUAUAGUUAGCUAGCUGUCUCAAGCUGGAGCAUGAAGUUAUUUUCUUUUCCGUGUAAUAGACAGUGGUAAACAUUUUAAUACUGAUCAACGAUUUUAGCUACAUGAGCCAGAGACAGCUGGGAAAAUGACUUUGGGAGCAUGUUAAACUUAUUGCGUGGCCAUCAUUUAUGAUUUGUCUGUUACAGGCUGGUU